AUGACCAAGAAACACGAAUAUCUCGGCAUCCUAUACGCAGCUCUGGGUUCCUUGACCUUUGGCUAUGCUCUCUCGACAGGUAGCACAAUCAUUGGUUUAUCCGGAUUCGUCGAUUACUACAACAUUGACACCUUCGGCCCCGACCCGGCCUAUGCUAACCAAAUCCAGGGAGCACUCAAUGGUAUUUUCUUCGCGGGGGGUGCCUUUGGGGCCGUCUUCCAAGGCGUUGUCGCGGACCGCUACGGUCGCCGUCGCGCCCUUCAAGUGACUUGUGUCAUUAUGCUCGUAGCCACAAUUCUCUUGACCGCCUCUGUUCACAUCGGCAUGUUUUUGGCGGGUCGCCUCUUGCAAGGAUUUGCCGCGGGUAUGCUGAACACCAUCUGCCCCGUCUAUCAAUCAGAAAUUGCGCCGGCCUCGCACCGUGGUGCUAUGGUUGGCAUGCAUGGUUUUACAUUCGUGAUGGGGCAAGCCACUUGCACCUGGGUGGGUGUGGGCUGCUACCACAUGAUCAACGGCCAAAUCGCCUGGCGACUCUUGUGUGCUCUGCAGGCAGUACCUACCAUUGCUCUUGCUGGCGGUACACUGGUCAUGUUGGAAUCGCCGCGAUGGCUCAUUGCCCAUGCCCAAUAUGACACCGCUCUCAAUACCCUUCGCAAGCUCCAUGGAAAGGGCCACUCGUAUGAGGAAGACGAACACAUCGCCCAGACCUCGCUGCACUCGAUUCGCGCUCAAGUCGAGCUCGACGCCCGUCAAAAGACGACUUUCCUCGGUAUGCUGCGUCACCGCCCAAGCAUGCGUCGUCUUCUUACUGGAUUUGGCACAAUGGCAGUCAAUCAGUGCACCGGGCAGACUGUGGUGUGGAGCUACCAAGUCAACCUGCUUCAAGGUUUAGGGGUGCUCAACGACGGACCGCUCCUGGUUCUCGCCGGCUUUAUGACUCUCGGCGCCAUUUGUAAUGGCGGUGGUGGCUUUGUGCUCGACAAGCUGGGCCGAAGGAAGACAUAUCUCAUCGGGCUGAUCAUGUGCAUUGCUACGCUUUCCGUCCACACAGCCAUGAUCGCCGAGUAUAGCGGAACGACCAACCGCGUUGGUCAGGGUACAGGUAUUGCAAUGUUGUUCGUCUUCGUGACGUUCUUUGCGGGCUGUAUCGACGUCACCACCUACGUGUACUGUUCAGAGAUCUUCCCGACCUGCCAUCGCGCCCAAGGCAUGUCGUAUUCGGUGGCCUUCUUCUUUUGUUUAUGUGCCUUGUGGACAUCGAUGGCCCCUACUGUCAUGGCAAAGAUAAGCUGGGGAUACUAUUGCAUCUUUAUCGGUCUCAGCUCCAUCAACUUUACUCUCGAGGAAAUUGGUCAGCUCUUUGGCGAUGACGUCGCACCAGACGCCGCCAAUGCGGAUGGUAACGAAGUGGUCCAUGUAAUGGACCCGCCCACCCCCAGCGACGAAAAGUUCGCCAACAGUGUUCACCUUGAGGACAAGGAUAUUGCGUAA